CUGGCCGACCACGGCCCUGCCAGGAGACCAUGGCCAGGAAGGUGGCCGUGAUCGGAGCCGGCGUCAGUGGCUUGGCCUCCAUACGGUGCUGUGUGGAGGAGGGGCUGGAGCCCACCUGCUUUGAAAGGAGCAGCGACGUCGGGGGCCUGUGGAAGUUCUCGGACCACGCAGAAGAAGGCAGAGCCAGCAUCUACCGGUCUGUAUUCACCAACUCCUCCAAGGAGAUGAUGUGCUUCCCGGACUUCCCACACCCCGAGGACUCCCCCAACUUCAUGCACCACAGCCAGCUCCAGGAAUACAUAAGGACGUUCGCUCAAAAGAACAAUCUUUUCAGAUAUAUACAGUUUAAGACCCUGGUUUCUAGUGUCAAGAAAUGUCCCAACUUCUUGCUCACUGGCCAAUGGGAAGUUGUUUCAGAAAAGAAUGGGAAGCAGGAACUGACUAUUUUUGACGCUGUGAUGGUUUGUUCAGGACAUCAUGUGUACCCCAACCUGCCAAAUGAUUCUUUUCCUGGCCUAGAGCGGUUUCAAGGGCGCUCCCUCCACAGCCGGGACUAUAAGGGCCCAGAAGCCUUCGCGGGGAAGAGGGUCCUCGUGAUUGGCCUGGGGAACUCGGGAUGUGACAUUGCUGUCGAGCUCAGCCGUCUGGCUGCACAGGUCGUGAUCAGCACCAGGAGCGGCUCCUGGGUCAUGAGCCGGGUUUGGGAUGACGGCUGUCCUUGGGACAUGGUGUAUGUUACCCGGUUUGCAUGCUUCCUCCAGAACGCCCUUCCUUCCUUCCUCUCGGACUGGUUGUACGUCAAGAAGAUGAACGCGAGGUUUAAACAUGAGAAUUACGGCCUGAUGCCUUUAAAUGGCACCCUGCGGAAAGAGCCCGUGUUCAACGACGAGCUCCCAUCACGCAUCCUGUGCGGCACCCUGUCCAUCAGGCCCGGUGUGAAGGAGUUCACAGAGACCUCCGCUGUGUUUGAGGAUGGGACCGUGUUCGGGGCCAUUGACGCUGUCAUCUUUGCAACAGGCUAUGCUUAUGCCUACCCCUUCCUUGAUGACUCCAUCAUCAAGAGCAGAAACAAUGAGGUCACCUUGUUUAAAGGCAUCUUCCCCCCCGUGAUGGAGAAACCGACCUUGGCUGUGAUUGGCCUUGUCCAGUCCCUUGGGGCUGCCAUCCCCACCGUUGACCAGCAAGCCCGCUGGGCUGCUAAAGUGUUUGCAAACUCAUGUACCCUGCCAACUUCAAAGGAAAUGAUGGAUGAUAUUGAUAAGAAAAUGGGGAAGAAACUCAAGUGGUUUGGCCGGAGCCAGACUUUGCAGACAGAUUACAUCUCCUACAUGGACGAGCUGGGCUCCUUCAUGGGGACCAAGCCUAACAUUCCGUGGCUCUUCCUAACUGACCCCAAGCUGGCCCUGCAGGUGUACUUUGGGCCUUGUAGCCCAUAUCAGUUUCGACUUAUGGGACCAGGGAAGUGGCAUGGGGCCAGAAAGGCCAUCUUGACCCAAUGGGACCGGACAAUGAAGCCAAUCAGGACAAGAGCUGUCAGUGAAGCUUACAGACCCCAACCUAUUUACAACUUGCUUAAAAUGCUUUUAUUCCCACUGCUUCUUCUGCCUGUUUUGCUUGCACUUUAUUAACGAGAAGGUACUCUGGGUAUCAGAAUUUGUCCCAGACGUUUAGUUACAGAUAUGCCCAUAUAUACAUACAUAUAAAAUCUCUUGGCCGCUCUUUCCAUUCCUGCAGAUGUAGAAAUUAAUUCUGGCCCAUUUAACUCCAAGUCCAAAUAAAAUGAAAAAUAUUUAGCAUCUCCUAUCUCAUGAAAAUCUAUACUCCAUAAGGCUUUCCACAUGUGGAAUGGACAAGUUUAGAGAUGCUUGAGAUAAAGAAGAUGGGAGAGUGAAUGGGAGUGAGCACAGCUUUGCAGGUUGAACAAAGAUUAAUAGACUUUUUAAAGGGUGUUUUGUCAUUGGGAGAAUUGACAUCACAACCGUGUUGAGUCUUCCAUCUAUGACACAUUGUAUCUUUCCAUUCACUUAUAUCCUCUUUAAUUUCUCUCAGCAGGGCUUUAGAGUGUUUAGUGUAUAAGU